AUGCCUUCUAUCGCCGUGGGUGGCAUCAGAAUCGCCAUUGACAGAGGAGGCACAUUCUGUGAUUUCUGGGCGUCGGUGCCAGGUCGAUCCGACGAUAUUGUCUUCAAGCUGUUAUCAGUAUCACCUGACGAAUAUUCAGAUGCUCCGACAGAAGGCAUCCGGCAGAUUCUGGAGGAAGCGACUGGGAAGACUAUUCCUCGCGGAACGCCUAUCGCCCUAGAAGAUGUUGAAUCGAUCCGUAUGGGUACGACUGUUGCAACAAAUGCAUUGUUAGAACGAAAAGGGCGGCGUGUAGCGCUUGUGACCACCAAAGGAUUUCGUGACAUACUUCUAAUUGGUACUCAAGCACGUCCACACAUAUUCGAUCUGUCUGUGCACAAACUGGAGCAACUUUACGAGACAGUCUUGGAGGUCGAUGAGCGAGUAACCUUCGAAGCAGCGGCGGAGGAUCCGAACUUGCCCCCAAUUGAUGAAAACGACCCUGAGUUAAUAGUUUGCGUCACUGGCGAGAUCAUUCGCAUCAUUCAGAAGCCAGAUACCGACAAAAUCAAGCAGGACCUAGAUGGCUUGUGGAAUGCUGGGUUUCGAGAUCUGGCCAUCGCCUUCAUGCAUUCUUACGCUUACCCGGAGCAUGAACUUACCGUUGCGAAUUUGGCUCGCUCCAUGGGUUUCAGGAUCUCGGUUUCUUCUGAGUUACAACCUUCCAUCAGAAUGGUCACCCGCGCCCAGUCAGCUACAGCGGAUGCUUAUUUGUCGCCUAUCACAGCAGAAUACUUGGAAGGCUUCGCGCAAGGCUUCAAAGGUGGAUUGAAAGAUAAGAACAGUGGAAAGUUGCUGAUAUCCCAGUCGGAUGGUGGUCUAACAACAUUCGAUAAGUUCACGGGUCUCCGAGCCAUCUUAUCUGGACCUGCUGGGGGCGUUGUGGGCUUCUCUAAGACGUGCUAUGACGUCGACGAUGGCACACCAGUUAUCGGAUUCGACAUGGGCGGUACGAGUACCGACGUUUCGCGAUAUGGUGGAUCACUCGAAUAUGUCUUCGAAUCCACAUUAGCAGAAGUCACUAUUCAAAGCCCACAGCUCGAUAUCAAUACUGUUGCUGCUGGGGGUGGUUCAAUCCUGGCGUGGAGGAAUGGACUGUUUGAUGUUGGACCAGAGAGCGCCGGUGCACAUCCUGGCCCUGCAUGCUACGGAAAGGGAGGGCCCUUGACAGUCACGGAUGCUAAUUUACUUCUUGGCCGCAUUAUACCGAUAUACUUCCCUCAACGAUUGGACCUAGAAGUUGUCCGCUUCAAGUUCGAACAAUUAACGGAGCAGAUCAAUGCAGAAAAACAAAAUCUACAAAAACUCACUGCCGAAGAAGUAGCCACGGGCUUCAUCUCAGUUGCGAAUGCAGCAAUGACGAGACCUAUUCGUGCACUCAGUGAAGGCCGUGGUUACGAAACAGCAGGUCACAAUCUCGCCUCCUUUGGGGGGGCUGGUGGGCAGCACGCCGUGGCUAUUGCGCGAGACCUUGGGAUUGGCCGCAUUUUGGUUCACAAAUACUCUAGCAUACUCUCGGCUUACGGCAUGGCUUUGGCUGAUGUGGUCGUCGAGAUGCAAGAACCGACGUCAUUAGUGUUCGAUGGUAAGCCAGACACGGAGGAAUUGCUUCGCCAUCGAUUCGCAAAGUUGCAGGAAAAAGUCGACCAUGCCAUUAGCCGUCAAGGGUUUGGCUCUCACAAGAUCGAAUACGAAAGAUUCUUAAAUAUGCGAUAUCAAGGUACCGAUACAGCCUUAAUGACUGCCGAGCCAAUGUUUAAAUGUGAGACGUUCACAGAUGCGUUUGUCGCAAGGCACAAGCGAGAAUUUGGGUUCACUCAACAACGGGAGAUCUUGGUCGACGAUAUCCGUGUCAAAGGCACCGGCAAAAGCCAAAAUACUGAGCUCACGAGUCCAUUUAUUGAACUGAAUCUUAUCGAAGAUCCGCCGAAACCGAAGGAAUCAGAAACGUGCAAGGUAUACUUUGAUCAUGAAGGUUGGUGUGAAGUCCCACUUUACUUCCUUCACAAUGUCAAGCGCGGCUCACGAAUUCGUGGUCCGGCGAUGAUCCUGGACAAGACACAAACGAUCGUAUUAGACCUGGCAAGUCAGGCUUCAUUCCUACAAGACCAUGUCAUCAUCGAUCUUGUGGAUCUUCAUCGAAAGCAAUUGGAUACGCAUGAAGUUGACCCUGUCGUGCUAUCCGUCUUCGGGCAUCGCUUCAUGAGUGUUGCAGAGCAGAUGGGUCAAACACUACAGAAAACUAGCGUAUCGACCAACAUCAAAGAGCGAUUGGAUUAUAGCUGUGCUGUUUUCUCCGCUGCAGGAGGACUAGUUGCAAAUGCGCCACAUAUACCCGGCCACUUAGGCUCCAUGAGCACGGCGAUAUCAUAUCAGGCCAACAGAUAUCAGAAAGGGGAGCUCAAGAGAGGUGAUGUUCUUCUCUCGAACCACCCCAUCGCUGGAGGCACUCAUCUACCCGACCUUACCGUCACAACCCCUGUCUUCGCUGAGACCGAAGGAGAUGAAGAUCCAGAAAUUUUAUUCUUCGUUGCCAGCCGCGGACACCACGCUGAUAUAGGUGGUAUCACUGCGGGUUCCAUGCCCCCGAACUCUACAGAGCUUUGGCAGGAAGGUGUCGCCGUCGAGUCUUUCAAGAUGGUAAAGGAAGGUGUGCUCGACGAACAAGGACUAACCAGGAUCUUGUUUGACGAACCUGCCCAAUACCCUGGCUGCAGUGGCAGUCGAAACCUGAAUGACAACAUCACAGACCUCAAGGCUGCCGUUGCCGCCAACGAGAAAGGUAUCCGACUCGUAGCUAGUCUAGUUCGAGAAUACACCUGGCCGGUUGUCAAGCAUUAUAUGGAGGCGAUUCAAAACAAUGCCGAGAUGGCUGUCCGUGCCCUGCUAAAGGAUUUUGCAAAGCGCUUCCAAGGGCACUCCCUUUGGGCGAUUGACUAUAUGGAUGAUGGCAGUCCAUUGGAACUCAGAGUUACAAUUGAUGCGACGGAUGGCUCGGCUAUCUUUGACUUCACUGGCACAGGACUUGAGGCAAUGAACAACCUCAACACACCAAUAGCCGUGACGGUCUCAGCCAUUAUUUACUGCCUACGCUGCAUGCUUAUGGUGGACAUACCUUUGAAUCAAGGAUGUCUAGCACCCGUCAAGGUAAUCUGCCCCGAGAAAUCCAUUCUGGCACCCAAUCUCAAAGCCGCCACCGUGGCGAGCAACACCGAGACCAGUCAGAGACUGAUCGAUUUGAUCUUUAAAGCGUUCCAAGUCUGCGGUGCCAGUCAAGGAACUUCGAACAAUCUGACCUUUGGUUAUGGUGGCAAGGACGCUGCAGGUAACAUAACGCAUGGUUUUGGCUACUAUGAAAGUAUUGGGGGAGGAUCUGGAGCCGGAGCCGACUGGGAAGGCCAGUCUGGCUCUCACGUCCAUUUUACCAACACCAGGAUGACAGACCCCGAGAUCCUCGAGCGUCGCUACCCGGUACUGCUGCGGGAGUUUUCAAUUCGUCGAGGCAGUGGAGGUGCCGGACGCAACAGAGGAGGUGAUGGGCUGGUCAGAGACAUUCAAAUGCGACGUGCUAUGGAAGUCAACGUCCUUUCGGAACGACGCGUGCAUCCACCGUACGGAAUGCUGGGAGGCAAGCCUGGGAAACGAGGGUUGAAUCUGUGGAUCAGACAUUACGAAGGUGAAGGAUCAGAAGCGACCAGGACCAUCAAUCUGGGAGGAAAAGCAAAAGCUUUCAUGAAUAAGGAUGACAGGAUCAUUGUCAUGACUCCCGGAGGUGGGGGUUAUGGCAAAGAUCCUACCGAGGUGGAACAGUUCGAACUCAAAGACGAAUUCCGAUUAUUCGAUGCAGGGAAGAAGCAGAUGAGAAACGCUAGAGGAAGCCUUGCUGAUAAGUUGGCGGCAGCUCAAUCAAAUUAG